AUGGCGAGGAGUAAAUUAAAGUCCGCGCUGGACCAGUAUCGGGGGAGGAACAUUCGGCUCGAAAAGCAGCGGAAGAAGGAGAAGGAGGCGCGGAAGCGGAAAGAACAGCGGCAGGCUGCGAAUCAGGAUGGGGGGAAUGAAGGCGCGCAGGUAGAGGAGCAGAAGAAGCAGGAGGAGGAGGGGGAGGAGGUUGCUGUGAAGGCGAAUGGACAGACCAAGAACAAGGCACAGGCGAAGACGAACGGUGCGGCCAAAGACGCGGAAGCAGUGGGAGAGCCGGACUGGGAAACCGACGAUAGUGAGGAGGAACUGGAUAGCGAGGAGGAGCGCACGAAGGCGAAUCUGGCGAAGCUGGAGGACAGCGAUAGCGAAGGCAGCUCCGAGGAUGACGCGGAUGAUGAUGGCGAGGAACAGGAAGGCGCCGCAGAGGAAGAAGAGGAAGACAUACCCCUAUCCGACAUCGAAUCCCUCGCCUCGGCCGACAAAGAAGACGUCGUCCCCCACCAACGCCUCACCAUCAACAACACGACCGCCCUCACCGCCGCUCUGAACCGCAUCUCCCUCCCCUACUCCAAACUCGCCUUCUCAGAACACCAAUCCAUAACCUCUGACGAACCGACGGAAAUCGCCGACGUCGACGACGACCUCAACCGCGAACUCGCCUUCUACAAGCAAUCCCUCGCCGCCGUGAAAGAUGCGCGGGCGAAGCUGAAGCAGGAAGGCGUCCCUUUCUCCCGCCCCGCAGACUACUUCGCCGAGAUGGUCAAAUCGGACGAGCACAUGGGCAAGAUCAAACAGAAGCUCAUCGACGAUGCGGCCGCGAAAAAGGCCGCCGCCGAGGCGCGACGCCAGCGCGACCUCAAGAAGUUCGGCAAGCAGGUACAAGUCGCGAAGUUGCAGGAGCGCGCCAAGGAGAAGAGGGAGACGCUGGAGAAGAUCAAUAUCCUCAAGCGGAAACGACAAGGCGCGGACCCCACCAACGCAACCGAAGACGACGACCUCUUCGACGUCGAGCUCGACAACGCGGCGAAAUCCGACCGCCGGCGCGAUUCCUCCGGGAAACAGCCAAACUUCAAGCGCCAGAAGAAGGACGCAAAGUACGGCUUCGGCGGCAAGAAACGCCAUGCGAAGAGCAACGAUGCGUUUUCCACUUCGGACACGCGGGGGCCCAAGAGGGUCAAGACGAAGGCCAAGGCGCAAAGGCCGGGGAAGAGUAGGCGGGCGAAGAAGGUGUGAGUUGGGGAGGGAGAGUCGGAAAUGAGGGUGUGAGCGUAUGAGGAUAUGAGGGUAGCUGUUGCAUCGGGGCGUUAUGGCGUUAGAGACUCUGUACGUCUAGGUUUCGGGAAAAACAUGUUGCGCUUCCGUUGCGAGUGGUCAAGGGGGACACCAAUAUAUUCCUUCGAGCCUUCAGUCCGGCCUACUACAGGUAUUCGUUUCUGGACAUGUUCCGCUUGCACGUCGUGAGAGGACAGGUGUAUAGUAUCCCGGGUGUGGAACACACACAUCGGUCUUGUCUAGUUAGAUAUGGCAUGCUGAAUCCUCUGC